AUGCAGCGCGUUCCCGGAGGUCUCCCUGCUCCUGCCAUGCUGCAAGCCACCGUCAAGCUGUGCUGUGGCAUCGCCCACGAUCCCCUCCGCCGCCUGCCCGGCUUGAAGACAGCAGCUGUUGCAGCAGUACAGAAGGACAUCAGAGGGCUGGUGGCAAGAGGAUCCCAUCGCCUGCCUUCCAAAAUUCCUCAUUAUCUUCAGAAGCUGAUGGGGAAGGACACAGCUCCCUGCCCCGAGCCCACCAGAGGUGUCAGCCCCAGCCAGUCCUCCAGCGUGGACCUCUCCUACAUCCACCAGGGAGAAAGGGCCCUGCAGCGAGCACUGAGCAUCCUGCAGCAGCACACCAGCUGGCAGGCAGAGCCCGUGCUGGACACCAGUGCCGCCGUGUCCAGCGCUGCCCUCCCCGGGGUCGGCAGGGUGUUUCGGGCAGAGGUGGUCCUGGCUGUGCCCGUGGCACAGCUGCACCAGGAGCUCUUUGAGAGGAUGGAGCAGAUGCCCCAGUGGAACCCGAACCUCAGCCAGGUGAAGGUGCUGCGGCGCGUCGGGACGGACACGCUGGUGACACACGAAGUCACCAUUCCCAGCCUGGUGGGGCGGCGGGACUUGGUCAGCGUGCGGCACCGCGGGAGGAGGGGCGCGGCCACCUACCUGGUGGGCACUGCCACCCACACCGAGCCGCCGCCCCCGCAGGAAGGGUGCAUCAGGGCCGAGUCCCGGCUCAGCUGCAUCGUCCUGCAGCCACUGGCGGGGGACCCCGGCCGGACCCGCCUCACCUGGCUCCUGAGCAUGGACCUGAAGGGCUGGAUCCCCGCAGCCGUGCUUCACCGUGUCCUGCCACAGUCCCAAGCCGACUUCAUCGAGCACCUCCACCGGCACCUCUCUGCCGCCGCGGGGCCCUGA